CCGGGGCCAGACAAGCCAUGGAGGACCAAUCAGAAGUCGACCCUCUUUGCCACCGAAGAGCUGGGGCUUCGCAUCCCUCCUAGCUGCUGGAGACCGGGCCUCGUCCCCCGAAUAAAUAAGGCUGGGGAGGCCCGCUUUGCAACAUAAAACGCUAAGCGCAAGCUUUUUUAUUUUUUCUCCCGGGGGGUUUAAGAAAGCGCCGCUGUGCAUAUCCUCCGAGGCUCGGGAUAAGCGGUUGUUUAAAUCGUAGUCACCACGCGUGGCCGCAAAUCGCUCGGAGGAGACGGUCGGGUCGAGCCUGCCGGUACCCGAGGCAUCAAUGUUUCACUUGCCGAUCCUCAGCUUCUCCCCGCAGCAAGUGGCGAGCGUGUGCGAGACCUUGGAGGAGAGCGGCGACAUCGAACGGCUCGGCCGCUUCCUCUGGUCUCUUCCCGUGGCGCCGAGCGCCUGGGAGGCCCUCAACAAGCACGAGUCGGUGCUCCGCGCGCGCGCCGUCGUGGCAUUCCACGCGGGCAACUUCAGAGACCUCUACCACAUCCUGGAGAACCACAAGUUCACCAAGGAGUCGCACGCCAAGCUGCAGGCCAUGUGGCUGGAGGCGCACUACCAGGAGGCUGAGAAGUCGCGCGGCCGUCCGCUGGCCGUGGACAAGUACCGGGUACGCAAGAAGUUCCCGCUGCCCAAGACGAUCUGGGACGGGGAGCAGAAGACGCACUGCUUCAAGGAACGGACGCGCAAUCUGCUGCGGGAGUGGUACCUGCAGGACCCGUACCCGAACCCGUCUAAGAAGCGGGAGCUGGCACAGGCGACUGGCCUCACGCCCACGCAAGUGGGCAACUGGUUCAAGAAUCGGAGGCAAAGAGACAGAGCUGCUGCGGCCAAAAAUAGGCUGCAGGUGCCCAUAGCUCUGUGCUCGUCGGAUCGCGCCGGGCACCCGGACUCGCGCGUCUAUGGCGCGGGCGGCGAGGGUCGCCAGCUCAGCGAAUCUCCCGACGCCGUCGCCAGCCCCGGCACCACGAGCCUCUCCAGCCUGAGCGAUCGGCCAGCCGCCACGGCCUGCACCACGUCGCCCGCGUGCAGCGAGAGCGACUGCGAGGGUUGACGGAGACGCCAAGGAGGUCCCCUUACGCUCCCCGCCUGCACCAAAAUCCCGUCUCCCAGACGCGUUCGCGUGGCGCAGGAAACCUGCUCGUCUUGUGGCGCGCCACGUCCAUGGGCCAUCCUCGUCAUCAUCUUCUUCUUCUGCUUCUGAUUCUUCUUCCUUCUGCUUCUUCCGCGUGUCUCAUAUUUGUCCUCUUUGCGCUAACUGCUCCAGGGUGCAAGUGAGACGGCGGUGGUCGUGCAGAGCGUGCUGUGAGAGAUGACGGACUUGCGUUGUUUUAUAUUUUUUGUGUGGGGGG